GGCGCUGGAGCCCGGCGCGCGCGCACGGCGUCAGAGGUAGGCGGCCCGGCGUCUUCCGCGUCCGGGCUGGCCGCCGUCGCUCUGGGCGGGCAGGGUGACCGUCGAAAGCCUCGUUCAGGAUGCUGUAUUUGCUGCUCCUUUGUGGAUGUCUUUUGCCAAUAACUGGUUAUGCUCAUGAUGAUGACUGGAUUGACCCCACAGAUAUGCUUAAUUAUGAUGCCGCUUCAGGAACAAUGAGAAAAUCUCAGGUGAAAUAUGGUACAUCUGAGAAAACGGAAGUGAACCCUGACUUGUCAAAUGCCGAGGAAUUAUCAGACUGUUUGCACAGACUUGAUUCUUUGACUCACAAGGUUGAUGACUGUGAAAAGAAGAAAAUGAAAGAUUAUGAAAGUCAAAGUAAUCCUGUUUUUAGGAGAUACUUAAAUAAGAUUUUAAUUGAAGCCGGCAAGCUUGGACUUCCUGAUGAAAACCAAGUUGAUAUGCAUUACGAUGCCGAGAUUCUCCUUACCAGACAAACACUACUGGAGAUACAGAAGUUCCUCCGUGGAGAAGAGUGGAAGCCAGGCGCCUUGGAUGAUGCGUUAAGUGAUAUUUUAAUCAACUUUAAGUGUCAUGACUCAGCAGCAUGGAAGUGGCGAUUUGAAGACUCCUUUGGAGUGGACCCGUACAAUGUGUUUAUGGUACUCUUGUGUCUGCUCUGCAUUGUGGCCUUGGUGGCUACGGAGUUGUGGACGUACGUUCGCUGGUACACGCAGCUGAGACGAGUUUUUAUCAUCAGUUUUCUCUUCAGCUUGGGAUGGAAUUGGAUCUAUCUGUAUAAGGUAGCUUUUGCUCAGCAUCAGGCCAACGUUGCCAAGAUGGCGCCAUUGGAUGAUGUGUGUGUUGAGAAGCUGGAUUGGACUGGAAGUCUCUGGGAGUGGUUUAGAAGUUCAUGGACCUAUAAGGAUGACCCAUGCCAAAAGUACUAUGAGCUCUUAUUAAUCAACCCUAUUUGGUUGGUCCCGCCAACAAAGGCCCUGGCCGUUACAUUCACGAACUUUGUGACAGAACCAUUAAAGCACAUUGGAAAAGGAACGGGUGAAUUCAUUAAAGCCCUCAUGAAGGAGAUCCCGGUGCUCCUGCAGAUUCCUGUGCUGGUGAUUAUAGCAUUGGCUGUCCUGAGCUUCUGCUAUGGUGCUGGAAGGUCAUUCCCCAUGCUGAGACACUUGGGUGGUCCUGAAAGAGAAGCUCCCCGGGCCCUUGAGCCAGAUGGCAGACGCCGGCUGAAGGAGCCUGACUAUAGACUCCAGGGUGGAGCAGGUGAUGCAGACUUCUCUUACAGGGGCCCAGCUGGCUCCAUCGAGCAAGGCCCCUAUGACAAAACGCAUGUGUGUAAAAGAGAUGUGUUGAGACAGAGAGACGUUGAUAGGAGAUUUCACACUGGCAACAAGAGCCCCGAAGUGCUCCGGGCAUUUGACUUACCUGACACAGAGGCGCCAGAGCAUCCACAAGUGGUACCCAGCCAUAAAUCGUCCAUCGUGAAUACCAACCUCAAAGAGACCAGUGGACUCCCAGGAGAAAGCACCUCAACAGAACACAGCCAGUCUGCCGAGGCUGUCUCCAGCCAAGUUGCAGGGACUGCGGAAGGCUUGCCCACAGCGGAGAAGGCCCCGCUGAAGCUAGACUCUGCAUGCAGCCCACAGGGAGGUGCCACACUCAGCCCAGGAGCUGCAGCAUGCGGGACUGAUCCUGUCAGCAGCCCGUGUGGCUAAGAAACAUGAAGUCAUCUUUGAAGUCUGUAAAGUAUUAACUCUUCAUCCUUCCCUAAAAAUACGUUGAAACUUACUACAAAGCUGCCAACUUUAAUAAUUUUACAGACCAGUAGAAUCUCUUAGCUAUUAAGAUGUAUCUCCUAAUUUUAGGUUUUAGGGUUUUGGACGUUUUCAUAUGAAUGCUAUGGCGAUCAUCACUGUCACGCAGUCGCCUUAAUCACAGUGUGUUUUUGUUAACAAAGCGUCUGUUAGCUGGGGGAAGGGCCUGUGAAACCUAGUUACUCAGAGUUGUUGAUUUUGAUUUAGAUUCAGUGUUUCCAUUGCAAAGGGUUUUUAAUGCAGGCUGGCAACUGCCUCAGCCCCAGAGUGUCGAUCCAUGUGAUCCAUGUGAUCCAUGUUCAGGUAGGCCACCUGCAGAACAAUGGGACCUGCUGGUUACCAGGCUUCCUUGUCACACAUUUUACGUUAGGUCUCACUAGGACAACCUGAGGAUGGUCUGGUUCUAUCAGUAUUUCAGUUUCACACUUUACCGGUGACUCUGACAAUGGCUUCAUUCUCUACCAUGAGGUGCUGGUUUUAUAAAGACCCAGUUCCCAUGUUCAGAACCUAGCAAUUGAUGCUAGUCAGUUUUUAUUAUGGUGAACCAUAAUGUCUUGGCCAAAUGCAAUUAUGGUUUUCAGAGAGCUGUAGAUAGGGAACGAUGUAUUACCUGUGGAUAGAUUGUCAAUCAUUUUUUAAAUCAACAUUUUGUGAUUUUAAGAUGCAUUCUCCAUUUUAAACCUUAAAAAGCAUAUUAUAUAUUUUUGUACAAGUCCCUAGUUAUCAGUCUUUUAUAGCAUAACUAUUGGUUUUUUUAAAGGGACAUAAAGGAGUUGGUAUUGUCAUUUACAAUGUUUGAAUUUCAGCUAGAAACUGUUGAGAAAGCUGUAAGUACAAGAGACUCUAGAAAUGACAGGAAUCUAGCUGUGGCUUCUUUUAUGGACACUGGGGUGUCCUUUGUUGUAACCAUGUCCACACUGCACAUUUUAUUCAGCUGCUUUCCAAACAACGAUACCACUCAAGUAAGUCUUGAAAUUAUCGCAAGGACAUUCAGAGCAGUUGACUUUGAUUUUUUUUACAUACAAAUGUAUGCUAUUCCCCCAUUUUUCAUACUUGGGUAUCUAAAAAACUAAUUUUAUUAUGUCAGCAUUACUUAUUUAGUAUUUCUUCAGGAAGGUAAAAAUUCUCCCUUCCAAAACAAAAGGAUUUUGCAUUAAGACAGUCCUGUAGCAGACAUGUACCCAAUGGAUGAAAGGAUGCAUGUAGCUUUAGACUUUGAACAUCUGUGCAUAAAAGCAGUUAUCUCUGGACUGGACCCAUUCACCCUAACUGGUAAAUGCACUCCCAAAGUGGGAACUGUCCUUUGAGGUCUGGUAUGAGUCUAAAGAGAAAUACCUCCUGUAACAGAUGUUCCUGAGAGGAAAGGCAGUACUGUUAGCACUACUGAUUGUUUUUAAUCCAAAAAUGAAUACUUAAAAAUAUUUACAGUCUAAAAAAAAAAAAAAACCUUUACAACCUCAUCUUUGUAUUUUCCUUACAGAUCCCCAUUUGGGAAUGGAGUCUCCUUUGACAGCUAGCAAAGCGGCAUGCUGUUGAGUGGUUACAGCAGUUCAGGAAGACUUGACUAAAGCAGGGGGACAUGUCCAGGCCAGUGUACUGCAGGAAAGAGAGAAGGCGUGUCCCACUUGACUAGCAAGGGUUUGUCACUGGGGUUAAAGCAUAUUGUAACUGGCUUUUAAGAAACUAAGAACAGGGUAGGUAGCUGUUAAAAGCACUUUUUAAAAUGGAAUAAAUGUUGAAUGCUUACAGGGUCUUAAGAACCACUGUGAACACAAAAUAAACACUUAUUUUUACAUUA